CGCGGAGAUAUCUCGAUUUUCUUGCGGGAUCGGUGUCUGAGGUAGCUAGAAUCGGUGGAUUGAGCGCCAUCAAGCGCGAUCGAGGCGAGAAAACUGGGCAAAAUUUCCAGCAACAGUGUUUGCGGCCUAGGGUUGGGAAAUGUCCACAAGCGGGGGCGAUGGAGAACCCAAGCUUGUUAUUCCACCUUACAUGGUCGCCGAAGCCAUGUCUUCUCUCCACGGGCUGGAUCUAAGGUGGUCAAGUCCGAUCACUCCCACGGAGAUGCAAUACGUGGAGCAAUAUGUAAAGGCCCGGUAUCCAGAGUUUUUCGCGAAAGCCGGGGACGCCAGAAAUCUCCCAGUCUUGACAGAAGAUCAGGAGUACAUUGACGAGAACGGCAGAAACACUCCAGGAGCAGCAGGCCCGGACGAGUUCAAGAGGAAAUCUCCCUCCGCCGGCCAGGCAAAAGAAUGGGGAGUGAAAAAAAUGCCUCUGGAGCAAUCGCGGCUGCUAGACAUCCUCACUCAAAAGGCCACCUCCAUCGCCACUUACACCGACAGCCUGAGCUCCAUCCCGGAGAUCCACGCCAGGAACACGCUGCUCAGGCAUCUCGGGGUCACGGACGAGGACUACCUGGUGGUUUUCACAUCCAGCCUCAAGGAAUCCAUGAUGAUGGUCGGGGAGAGCUAUCCGUUUUGCCGCUACAUGAACUUCAUGACGGUGCUGAGCGAGGAGGUGGACUGGAUCCGAGAGUUUGCAUCGUACAAGGAGGCCAAGGUGAUCGUCGCUCCAUCGAACUGGCUCAACCUCAGGAUAGCCGGCUCGCAGCUCAGCCAAAACUUCCGGAGGAAGAGCAAGCAGCAGAGCCCAAACUUGAAGGGAUUGUUCGCGUUCCCGGCGGCGGAGAAUGGUGGCACCAGGAACUCGCUCCACUGGGUCUCGGAAGCGCAGAGGAACUCCUGGCACGUCUUGCUCGACGCGUCGAAUCUCCGGCUUUGCGACGAUCAGCUCAACUUGACGUUCCACAAGCCCGACUACGUGCUGUGCACGCUCUCCGGGGUCGUGGGACACUCCACAACCAUGACUUGCUUGCUCGUCCGGAGGAGCUCGUUUGGAUCGUAAGCCGGGAGCCGGAGUUUUCUUCCAAAAGAUUGAUCGAUUUCUAAGCGAAGAACACACUGUGCUGGAAGGAAAGAUCGAUCUCUAAACUCUCUUUGGCUAUAAAACCAACCGAUGGACGUCACAA